UUCCCGGUUGGGCUUAUCCUCCAACAGCGUUCACACCUCUAUGUCGUCGCAACAUGUUCAGUACAUGCUGAGCACUUCAGCAAAAGCACAGCUGACUCCCACAGACUGCUGGUAUAUCCCAGGUGAGAAUAGAAAGAAGGCAACAUUGGCAGGCAGGACAGAAAGACACAGAGAAGGGGUUUCUGUCAUAAGAAGAACUGUCAUCAGGACGAAUCGCAGAGACAUUUCUAGGAUGAAGGCCAGAUGCCUACUCUCCACGGUGGACAGACUUCCCACCAUCAACGAAAUGCAGGAGAGCGACACAGAGGACGCAGACCUGGACUGUUCCUUGCACACCAUGGAGGAGUAUGUGGACUCCAUCAAAGAGCUCUCCCAGCCGGCCCCGUACCCCCUUCAUGGGCCCCUCAGAGGUCACCGCCGCUGGAUGGUACGCACUUGCCCCAGAGUUCCACCUGUGGCUCAACCUGUAUAUUUACAUCCCAAGGUGACCCACGCUCCCUGGACCCCAGUCGAAUUGUCAGAUGUAUCACUUAUCCUAAUAGACCAAUCAACCUGUGACACAUCUCUGCGUCCUAACCAGAACCUGCUGGACAAAAUAGUUGCACAAUCCGUGUUCGCGGGCCUAGUGUAAGCCUGAGGAGGAAUGAACUCUGAGGUAGACGAAUACAUUUAACAACUGGAUAACUGAUCCCUGAAGCAAGCUUCGACACCUGCUCAAUGUGGAAUAGUUACGUUUGAGAAGUAAUUGAGUACAGACACUUUCUGAAGUGUGAUAUAUUCCCUCAAGUGCUAAAUAACGACAACAUAUAUCUGCAAAAUAUGAGAAAAAAUGUGAAACGGGGAUGCAUAUACCACCUGGAAGCACUAACAAACAAGCAGAGGCACACUAGGGUUGGCCCUAACAUACUCAUAAUGUGACUUUUUUUUUUUUAAGCUUAAGGAACUUGGAACCUCCUGAUUUUGCCACCAGACUCUCCUGUGGGGGUUGGGUCAAAAAUGGUAAAUUUAUAAUAAAACAUUAAAUAAAUAAUUAUGAUAAAAAGUAAUUAUUGGGGUGCCAAAUUGCCUAGCGGUUAUGUCGCAUGCCCCAUGUACAGAGGCUAUAGUCCUCGUCGCAGUGGCCAUGGGUUCGAAUCUGAACUCGUCCCUUUGCUGCAUGUCAAACCCCCUUUCUCUCCUCCCAACAUUUCCUGUCUCUCGUCAGCUGUCCUGUCCAAUAAAGGAAAAAAUGGACCCAAAAACAUCUUUAGAUAAAAAAAAUGAAGUAUUUAUGCGAUGCAGAGUUUACCUUCGCCCUGAAUAAGGCCUUAACAAAGUAGAGCAGAUUAGACCUAAAACCUGGGCCUUCUUCAUUUAUUUUUCCCUGAACUAUUUCUCUUGUCUUACAGUUGUCUCUUGAAAAUGAAGGCAAAUAAAAUACAUUUUCUAGGUCAACAGGCUUGCUUUUCCAACUGCUCAAAUACUUCAGCUUGGUCAGGUAACAGUAAUAAAUAUGCCUGGUUAGAUGUUGAAUUAUACUUGCACUUUAUGGAACUAACGUAUCAUAACUAGAAAUCAUCUUAAGGUUUUAACCCCAGGGUUUCCUUGACUCCACUGGACCAACAUUGGAAGUAAACUUUUGCACGCUCCAUGUGACACCACCAGACUGCAACUACAUAUCAAAAAACAACAAACGCCAGCAGAGCAUGCAGAGGUGAAUCUGUGCAUGUCUGUGAAUCUGUUUGGACAAGUGCAUUCUGGGACAAUUCCUACACACCUACCUCCUGUAGUUGCACUCGUAUGAUCAUCCCUCAACCAAUGUUGCAACUCAACUCAUUUAGCCUUUAUCACAAAAUCACUGCACUAUGAGGACGAGGAGUAUUAUAUUAAUUUACCCCACUAAUAGCUUGUCAGCCUAAACUGGCUAAUCAUAUACAGUACACCUGCACAGUACAGGUAUAGAGCUUAAGCAAACAGUAUAUAUGCAUAUGGUACUCAUUGCAAAAUUGCACUCUCUGUAAAUCUUGAAAGAUUUUUUUGCACAAAGUAAAUAAAAC